ACAAGCCGGUUAAACGGUCUGUCUAUUGCUCAAAUCUAAAAAUCAUAUUCUGGCACGCACACACACACACACACACACACAGCCGCUAUGUUGGCUUACUAUUUGAUAAUAGCGCUCUAUGCGAUCUUAACGCUAUUCAUGAUGGUUGUUGGUAUGCUACGUUCGCGUAUGCUCUAUUGGCGCCGGCGCGGUAUACCACACGAUCAGCCGGCUUUUAUAAUUGGAAAUCUGAAAGGUUUUACGAUCACGCGCCAACUCGCCGAAAUAUUACUUGAAACAUACAAUAAGUAUAAAGGCGGUGAGGGUCCCUUUUGUGGCUUUUAUUUGCUCGUCAAACCCAUCGCACUUGUGACGGAUUUGGACUUGGCACGUAAUGUGCUCAUACGAGAUUUUCAUAAGUUCGACGAUCGCGGUUUAUUCCACAACAAACGAGAUGACGCAAUUUCGGAGAAUCUUUGGAACUUGGAACCAGCAGAGUGGCGCGCAUUACGCAAAAAACUUUCACCCAUCUUUGCAAGCGGCAAGAUGCAGCUCAUCUUCCCAAUCGUAGCGAAUGUAGGCGAGCAGCUAACGCGAACUUUUUCCGACCUGCAAAACGUUGACGCCGAACAAGAUAUGUACGAGUUGUUUCAGCGUUAUACAACGGACGCCAUUGCCAGCUGCAUAUUUGGAGUGGAGUGUAAUAGUCUCAGUAGUCCGGAUACGGAGUUCCGUGCGUUUAGGUCACACGUGUCUUCGAAAUCUCGCCACAAUAACUUUGUGCAUGCGCUGAUGCAGUGUUUUCCCAGACAAGCACAACGAUGGCGAAUGAGACAGACGACGGACGAAGUGCACAACUUUUACUCCCACUGGGUAGGCAAGACGAUUCUGCAACGCGAGGAGCAGAACAUUAAGCGCAAUGACCUCAUGCAGGCGCUUAUAGAGUUGAAGAAUGCGAAACAAGAGGAAAAUCGGCUUAGCAUCACGGAAAUUGUUGCGAAUUCCGCAUUAUUCUUCAGCGCCAGUUAUGAGACCACUUCUGUGACAAUGACCUUCGCGCUUUACGAGUUGGCCGCCAAUCAGCAUGUGCAAACCAAGUUGAGAAAGGAAAUUGAGGAGGUGUUAACGAUACAUGGCAAUGAGGUGAGCUAUGAAUCACUGGCCGAAAUGAAGUACCUGGAUAUGGUAAUCGCAGAAACUCUGCGGAAAUAUCCAAUCUAUCCGUAUCUCGAACGCGUUGCAAACGAGGAUUAUGAAACCGGAAAACCAGGAUUUAUAAUAUACAGCGGCACUAAAGUUCUCAUACCGGUCGAUGCUAUACAACAUGAUCCGGCUAUAUACCCGCAACCGGCGAAAUUCAUGCCGGAGCGUUUCGAUACGGAAAACCUACGUCAACAGCAUCCGGUUGCUUGGCUGCCCUUCGGCGAGGGACCACGUAACUGUAUUGGCAUGCGUCUUGGUCAGUUGCUCAUCCGUAUUGGGCUCGUGGCACUGCUCAAAACGCACAAAUUUUCGACAUGCUCUCGUACUGCCUCAACGUUGGUCUACGAAGGAGCAAGUCUGCUACUGAAGCCCAAGGGCGAUGUGUACUUACGCGCAGAGAAGCAAAGAAUAUUGUAG